CCCCACAUCAAGACUCUCCUGAAUAAUAAGAGGAGUGCACACUCUCCCUUGCCUUAGUUACUUAAGCGUGUGGAAGUCCGUUGCCAUUCUCUCGACUCUUGCCGGUCACGCCCGUCAAUCCCGUGGGCACAAGCGCAGUUCCGCAUCUGGCUCCAAGAAAGAAUAGCUGUUCACUUCACGCAGGUUACUCGCCAACUUCUCGCGUCAAGUUGAGCACGACCGUACACAAGCUAGGCGAGCCCAAGGCAAUUCAGCCUCUCAAGGACAACUCUGCGUGCAAAUCACUGCCACACCUUGUCCGCUUUUGAGGCAUACAAUCACAACAUGGCGCAGAUCCGAGGGACAGCUGGCUACCAUCUUGGUGGGCAGCAGGGAGGAUCCAUGGGCGGCAAUUUUGGUGGUCCUUCGAACUCGAAUUCCUCCGCAACGAACGACCCAUCACCGCUCGAUGCAAUCCGAGAGCAGACAAGCAAGUUGGAAGAUCUACUUGACACCUACUCAGACCCGAUCAAGCCCUACCUUCCAGCCAUUGGAAGAUUUUUGAUUGUGGUCACUUUCUUAGAAGACGCAUUGAGAAUCUUCACACAGUGGAGCGACCAGCUGGAAUACCUACAUAACUACCGAUACAUGCCAUGGGGGAUCAAUCACGUCUUUCUCGUUGUCAACGUCAUUGCCAUGACCUCUGCCUCGAUACUGGUCAUCGCUCGCAAGUACUCGGAGUACGCAGUGGCAGCACUGAUCGGCGUUGUUGUUACUCAGGCGCUGGGAUAUGGACUGAUCUUCGACCUCAACUUCUUCCUCCGCAACCUCUCGGUAAUGGGCGGCUUGAUUAUGGUGCUCUCUGACAGCUGGGUAAGGAAGAAGUUUGCGCCGGCAGGACUUCCUCAGCUUGAUGAAAAUGACCGCAAGAUGUAUUUCCAGCUUGCUGGACGUGUGCUCCUGAUUUUCCUGUUCAUCGGCUUCGUUUUCGCCGGAGAUUGGAGCUUCGGCCGUGUCGUGGUGAUCCUCCUGGGAGCAGUGGCUUGUGUCAUGGUCGUGGUGGGUUUCAAGGCCAAGAUGAGCGCGAUCGUGCUCGUGAUGAUCUUGAGUGUUUUCAACAUUCUCGUGAACAACUUCUGGACUCUUCACCCUAACCACCCACAUAAGGAUUUCGCCAAGUACGACUUCUUCCAGAUAUUGUCGAUCGUGGGUGGGCUCUUACUUCUUGUCAACAUGGGCCCAGGGCAAUUCAGCGUCGAUGAGAAGAAGAAAGUCUACUAGAUGAUUCCAUGGCCCCCUGGCGUAUGUAGUAGAUGGCUUGACAUCAUGAAACGCCAAAAAUGAGCGGCAUGUGAAUAAAAUGAGACAGCUCAAAGCGGCCGUGUGCCAGUGUUUCGCGUGCACUGGAACUUCUGGAAGCACUGAGCUUCUUGACGUUGGGGAUUGAGAUGCGAACUGGAGUGCGUUGUUAACGAUGGCCAAGGCAGAUAGCCCAAAACGAUCAAUUUCUAUGAGUACAUGUUUGAAUGAUUG